AUGUCACCCGCAGUUCCCGAUUCACUCCGCUGCCUAACUACCCCAGGUCCUCCGCACCUCAACUUCGCCAAGUCAUCAAGCUCUUCCCCGCAUGACACACAUACCAAGCGCCUAAGCUCUAUUCCAAUUUACAACACCAGUCACCACCUCCAUCGCAAAUCCUCGUCCAGAAAUGCAGAUAUCACCCCCUAUCAUUACCGCUACUAUUCCUCUAUAGCCUCAACUAAAUCGGACGAACCCCCUACUCCUAUAGUCAUCGAAGGGUAUUUAUCCAUAUCGGUCAUAUCACAACAGAUCUACGCAUAUUCUCCAGUCACUGGACCCAAUGGCCCUCAAUUCGUCCUCCACCUCGGCCCCGAAGUUAUUCCCGACCCCAAGAACCAACUCCUCCCUUCCAACUUAAUUCAUUUCGCUGGGGUCAUCGCCGGAGAAAUAGGACGCAGCCUGCACAUAAUAGUCCAUUCUCUACAUCUGUACUCUAUUUGCCGGUCUCUAAAUUCAUAA